AUGCCGCCACAUUCAACUUCUCCUCUACUUCCCAUCUCCACGCCCACAGCCAUCGCAUCGCCUUAUGAGCAACCACCUCCUCCUGCUCCCACAGCAGCGAACCAUGUCCAGUCCUUCGCCAUCACGACUUUCUCUCUCGCCCGUUUCGCCCGCGGUGUCUCGCUCAUAGCAUACCCGCGCUUCGGCCUCUGGGCCCUCGACAUCGCACCAGAUGGUUCAGCGUAUAUGCUCGCCAGUCUGAUCGGCAUCCGCGAUAUUCUCCUCGCGGGUCUCUUGUACACGAGUGACACUGCAAAUGCUGCGACCGACUCUGCUGCUCGUCGCGAAGUGACCCGUGCGCUUGCGACGAAUCUGUUCAGCGAUGCGCUCGAUGCGUUCGUGCUGAUCUUCUACGCUGCGUGGUCUGAUGAUUGGGGGAAUCCGAUUGCGGUCAUUGUCAUCUCUGCUGUCAUGGCCAUCUUUGAGCAUUUGACGCUGUGGAGCUUGAGUGAGGAUGACUGGGCUGCGCAUGAGUAUGGGAGUCUGGGCGAUGAUAAGAAGGCGAGGAUGAAUGCUUGGCUGCGAGAGUUGGAGCGAUAUGGUCCUGAGGAGUAUCGACCUGAGCAGUCUGUUGGGCCAUCUUCGCGAGCAUCGUUCAGACAGUAUGGAGCUAUUGUUUAG